UCCACUUGCUGAAAUUCACACGACAAGGCUUCUCAAGAGAAGGGAAACGACAACUCGACGACAGCACGAGCAAAUGGCAAUGGGCUCACAAACAGCGUUCUGUAUGUUCUCUUCCUCCUCCUCCUCUUCCUUCGGCUUGUUGCUCUCAUGUUCAUUUUCUAAAACAUCCCUCAGACCCUCUUGUUCCUCUCAAAUACCACCUUAUGCUAAGCCCACAAAACCCCAUCUUCUUAGAUUUCCCAGAGCAAGAACCAGAGCCACCCUGGAUGAAACAGACCAAAGUGCCUCCACCACCCCUUUUCUUGUCCAGGAAGGAAAACCCAACAGAGAAGUGGAAGAGAGUGUGAAAGUGCUGAAACAGGCUGCUAAGACAAGAAAGGUUGCGGCAGAAGACAUUUUGUCUGCAUUUUCUGUUAUUGAAAAGGCAAAGAUUGAGCCCUCCGGGUUUCUUGAUACACUUGGUGGAUCAAAAUCCCCUGGCAGAACAUGGAUGCUUAUUUUCACUGCUGAGAAUAAAUUGAAGGGCGGUCGUUAUUUUCCUCUUACAGCUGUUCAGAGGUUCGAUGCAGCCGCAAAGAGAAUUGAGAAUGGAGUAUAUCUUGGACCAAUUGGAUCCUUAACGUUUGAAGGUAAAUUUACAUGGAAGCACAGAAUACUGGCCUUCAUAUUCGAGUGUAUUCGUAUAAAAAUUGGACCUUUGAAUCCCUUGGAGAUUAGCCUUGGCCAAAAAGAGGACAGGGAGCCAAGCACCAAGGAUCCUUUCUUUACCUGGUUUUAUGUUGAUGAGGAAAUAGCAGUUGCUCGAGGCAGAAGUGGAGGGACUGCAUUUUGGCUGCGCUGUCACCGUGUUGCUGCUUGAUCGUAAAUUUGAUUUUCAAGCCAAAUACCUGCACAAAAAUUUCCUUGUACGGUUGAUAAUUAUUACUCUGUUUACAUUUGCAGCUCAACACAUUAGGACAACAACCAUUUGAAGUGUUAUAUGUCACCAGUUAAGGUUUCGUUGUCGUCCCCAUGAUUGUUAAUAUCGUAUACCAUGUUUGAUGGACAAUCACCCUGUAUCCUGAUACCAGCUCCCUAAUAGGAAUGUCUUAAAAAGGAUUAUUAUGAUUUUUUUUUUUUUUUA